UAGGUUAAAAUGAUCUGUUAUGGCAUAAGCAAGCACUUUGAACAGAUCUGAUUUCUCUUCCGAUCUUUAAAUUAUGAUUCAAGAUAUUAUUUUCAAGCCUAAAAUAUUAGCUUCUCAAACUUUAUUUUACCAGGAUAUACAUUGAUUAAGAGCAUUAAAUGUGUGGGAAGAGAACUUCAAACUAUUGAUAUUGGCCAAAAAGAUGUCAUCUGAAAGUGAUUCAGAUGAAUUUCAUGAUGCGCUUGAUGAAACUCCAAAAUCUCCAGGAAAAUUAUUUCUUGAACUGCAAACUCAACAAAGUGUACCGUUGAGAAAGAUUUCAGCUCCUGCACUCAUCAGCUCUGAUCACAUUCAUGGGCAUGGCAUUGAGUUGCAAUCAGCAUUCAAAGUCCCCUUGCCUGUCAGUUCAGCUGGUGCUGCAGUCCUUGGCAGGAAACCAUAUCAGAAGAAAGCAGAGGUUUCAGGACCUCAUAGCAACUUGCGGGUGACAAGAGGUGGUACUGAUGAAACCAGUAAUACUAAAGAGGACACUUGCAGUAGCCUGAGUGGCUCCCUUCUUGGCAAUUUGCAAGAUGAUGAUGAUGAAGCCUCCGAGUCUCCAAAAACCCGUGCAUCAGCUGUGCGAAUGCGGCGCCGUCAGGCAGCUAUGCCUGUUCAUCAGUCAUCUGCACCACAUCUUUGUGCAACCCAUGACGACUGGUGUGAUGACACAACCAGCGGAGAUGCAUGUGAUGGGUGCAUCAUGCAGCCCUUCAGAGUUGUGGAGCCAGACUCGUCCUCUCUCUACAGUUCCAUUUCUGCUGGCAAGGUGAGCAAGAGCACAAGUGGUACAUUCCAUGAAGCCAACCAGUCUCUGCUGUCGGAUCACCACAGCCCCUGGCACGACAGUUCAAGCUUAAGCUGCUCUGCUGCAUACGUGCCUGCCACAACCUUUUCAUCUGACUAUACUCAGCUCCCCAGCUCCUCUCUACCACAGUCUUCGUCCCCCAUAUUGUCCGCCUCUCCUCCCCCACCACCUGACUCUUCUCCUCCUCCCUCGCCCACCUCCUCCGAAGCAAGUCAUCAAAAGUUUCGCCCUAUCAACGUCAAUGAGGAUCAGUCUGACUCUGGCUUAUGUACUGGCCUGGGAGCAGAACCAGAUCUAGUUGCCAGCACGAAAACACGCAGCUCCUCUUUUGACACUGGAGAUGAACACAGAACUCAUGCUGAGGAACAACCUUUAGUUGUGCCAGCACACAACCUAGAGCUCUUAAAUCUUUGUGACACCAAACAAGGCUUGUUCUGCAGUGGCCAAACAAAUAACCGUCAAUUUGUCGGUCGUACUGGCUUCUGUGGCAUCCCUUUCAGUUCGCAGUCGCUGCCAGCGUCGUCACAGGCCCCCAGACCGACCCUGCACCCGCUGUCGCUGGCAUCCCGACAGCACAAGUCGCACCCCGCGCUGCUACACAUUGCGCUUCUUGAUCCCCUUGCUCCAAAUCGAAAAUUGCCGAGCCUUGGAGGUGUUCCAUUGACUGCUGGAGAUGAAACUUCUACACCAGAUGGUUGUAUGUCUUCCGAUUCUUUUGAUGGAAAAUGUCACCUUAAAGAUCUCACUAGUAAUGCAACAGACGACCAAAGCCAACUAGAAUUAUGUGGAUCUUUGCUGGAUCAUUUGAGCAACACCACAGGCAAUAUCUCCACCAAACGUGUGGAAGAGGACGAGGACCAGCUGCUUAUGCCGCCUCCACCUCCUGUUGCACCACCUCGCAUCAAACGCAAGAAAAAGAAACUUUCUAGCAUAGAAAAAGAGCAGUUGACUGAAGCACCAAAGAUUGCUGCGAGUGUUGCUCCCCAGUCAGUCAAUGGCACUGCCCGCCCUCUGUCGUGUACUGCUGUGCCUCCAUCUGUAAAUACCAGCUUGCUGCCCAUCUCUGUCAGCACAAAUAUCCCGCACAUCUCUGUUAGCUCUGAAUCCUCCGACAUUUUAGUUGACAUUAAAAAGUCCAAAUCUGAGCAUCGAGUCCACGCUGAUGUUGCCCUCCAUGUCAUCAACGACUGCAACUCUCCAACAGAGACAAGAGUUAGUUCAGCGUACAUGACAGGAGUUCAUGAUCUCCUUGCGAAUCCUGAUGAACGCUGGAUCAGAGGUGAGGAACAUCUUUCUGGGGACGGUGAAAGUUCAAUUUUUACAGAAGAAAACUCGUAUCGGUCAUCCUACAUCACAACUUCUCUACCUGAGAAUCAAGAAGGAAGCACUGAAUGCUCUACUGACCGCAACAUUCCACAAAGUUCUUUACCUGACGCCCCUGCCACUGAUCUCACAUUAAUAUCUGACACAACUAACUCUCAAAACACUAUUCAUGUUCCUUCCAUCAUGACAACGUUACCUUCUCCUCCCGUGACGCCUGUGUCUACGAACCGUUCGCUGCAGUCACGCCUGUCCAGCAUAGCUAAGCGCCCCAGCAAGUUACUAAGAACUAAGCCUAUUGUUCCCUCGUGGCUGAGUCAUCCGAUGCACUCAGCUGGCUAUUCCCAUAACAACAACCCCCCCACGUCGGCCGACUCUUCUGUUGAUGCCAUCAGCAUCGGGCGGCGAUCGCUCGACAUCAGGGCUGCAAUAAGAGGCAAAUUUCUCGUCAAGGACUCGGGACGGUCGUCGCCGUCUGGGUCACCGGACGAGAACGCGUGCACCCACACCUCGUCCCACUCCAGCCACCGCACCGAAAAGAAGAAGAAGAAAGAUAGCAUCAGCCCGCUUUCAGAUUCAGACCAGGAAAUUUUAUCCCAAGUCCCUCUAGUGGACUUGGACACCGGGAUUCGUACUAAUCUAAACCAAGCCGUCUCCAUGAACUCCAAUCCCGUCAACCCUCUGAGCCUGCAGAUAAUGCGACUCACGGACAGGCCCGGGGAAGGCGACCACUCCGACGACACGAGCAGCAUAGCGAGCAGCGGCCGCGACAGCGACACAGACUCCAUACAGCAGCUCUCACACGCCCUCUCUAAGACCACCGGUCGCAUGAAGAAGCUGCUGGAGAAGCGCGUCACGCCCGCCAUGCGCAAGGCCGCCAAGACCAUCAAAUCGCGCUCCGAUGACAAGGAUGUCUUCGCUGAUGACGCGCCCACGCAGCGCACAGGAACGUACGUCAAGAUCAAAACAGCUCAUGGUCACAAGGGUCCUCACGAGUGGGACGAUCUCAUGUAUGUUCAGGAGAUCACAGGUGAGCACCAGGGGCCCAUCUGGUGCGCCAAAUUCAGUUUGUGCGGACGGCUGCUCGCCACAGCUGGCCAGGAUCAGUUGCUGCGAGUCUGGGUCAUCAAGCAAGCUUAUAGCUUCUUCCUCGACAUCCGCAGCAAAUACAACCCGGACCUCAAGGUGUCACCGACGCCGUCUGAGGAGAGCCUAAGUUCAUCUGGCCUGGAAGGAGGACUUGCAGAUGAUCCCGGCCACCUGGACCCGGCCGACAGCGGCCAUUCGCCUUUCAUGCCGCGCCCCUUUUGUGUCUACCAAGGGCACUCUGCUGACCUCCUCGAUAUUGCAUGGUCAAAGAAUUACUUCUUGCUCACCUCAUCCAUGGACAAGACGGUGCGGCUGUGGCACAUCAGCCGCAAGGAAUGUCUGUGCAUCUUCCAGCACGUCGACUUCGUCACUGCCAUAGCCUUCCAUCCCAAGGACGAUCGGUACUUCAUCUCUGGGUCUCUAGACGGCAAGUUGCGCCUCUGGAGCAUCCCUGAGAAGCGUGUCGUUCUCUGGACCGAGGUCGAGGGAGCCUUUAUAACUGCCGCUAAUUUCUGCCAGAAUGGAGCGUACACUGUAGUAGGGACGUACGACGGACGCUGUCUCUUCUACACGACCAACCAACUCAAAUACAACACGCAGUUCAACGUGCGCUCCGCUCGUGGCAAGAACCCAAGAGGGCGCAAGAUCACGGGCAUUGAGCCUCUACCUGGCGAAAAUAAAAUUCUGGUGACGAGUAACGACAGUCGCAUUCGCCUGUACGGUCUCGACGAGCACAGCGAGCACUGCAAGUACCGCGGCUUCAACAACCCCAGCAGCCAAAUUCGUGCGAGCUUCAGUCACGACGGCAAGUACAUCGUGGCGGGCAGCGAGAAUCCCUGCAUCUACCUCUGGAAAACCCACCACGACUACGGCAAGUUUAAUGCCACCGCCAGACGUGAUCGCAACGCUUACUGGGAGGGUGUCAAGGCACACCAUGCCAUGGUGACGUGCGCCCUCUUCUCACCGCAUCCUGAGCUCGUAUUCAGCUUCAUCGAACUGCAGGAGCAGCGAGCGGCCUGCGAAGCGACGCCGGACUCUGCGAGGACUGACAAGCAGCACAAACACGAUAGCCUCGGCCACAAUAAGGGGUACAUGCUUGUGUCGGCGGACUUCCACGGCUGCAUCCGAGUUUUUCUGAAGAAGGAGAAGCCCAAGCACUCGUCCCUGCCAGCCUCUGCGCUCACCUGACCCGACGCGGCUGCCAGAGAGUUCCACGACAGGCCGACCUCGAGCCCGCUGGUCGUGGCAGGCACUCGUAAUGUCAAUUUAUUACCUGUCCUUCUUGAAAUUUAACGUCCUCACGUACGUUCAAUUUUGCGUAAGCCCAAAGUUAUGUUGAACUUGCUGGGGGUGACAAAAUUGCAUCAUUGUGUUGCUACUGUAGCCCACUGUGGUGUAGCAUAAAAUUUAGCUUUAUGUUCACCCAAAUGUAUUGUCGAUAUCUUUAUAUUUUGGCAGAUUAAUUAGAUGGUGAGUUAUCCUUAACUCUGGUUGAGCAGCACGUUGAUUUCACCUAUACGCGAUUUUAUUCAACAGAUUACCUGGUUUAGUUAGAGGGGUGGUACUAAGUAUAAGCAAUAUUGCUCAUAAUCAAUAAUAAGUGUGAGUGCUAAUGUCUUCAAUAUUAACUUUAGUUCUUGACGGUUCUACUAGUCUUCUCGUAAGUGCCUUAGCCUGCCUCGUAUAUCCGUAUGCUGGCGCUUUGGAUGGACCACUCUAACGAUAAUAGGCUUGUACUGUAGUGAAGAUAACUCCAACGAUAAUAUAAUGAGCUUACGGAUGAAGUAGGUCGUUUUCUAUGUCGCAGAGGCAGAGUUUUGUGUUGAAACGAGUUAUCCAGGAAUAUCGGAUUCGCUUGUUCUAUGUCUUGAAUGUAAAGUUUCACUAAUUGAAUCCAGAAAGAUAUAAUUGCUAGAAACUUUCCUCUUGAAAGCGGUGAUGUUCGUCUCAGAAAGAAGAUUUCAAAUAAAGCACAAAAUUUUUAGCGCUAUUUUUUUAAAAAUGUGUGUACAUAAAUUUUUCUAUUAGUAAUUUGAAAUGCCAUUAAAAGUGAAGGUUUUUACUAGUCAAUACGGCGUAUUUAUUAGCAUAGCAUGAUGUCGUCACAAUAAUUUCCUAAUGUUUUAUUUUCUAGACUCUUGAAAUCUGUUUCUCGCUUAUCUCGUUUAUCAUAUAUUUAUGUGGCAAUAGAUAAACACUCAUAAGGGUUUGCAAAUCAGACUAUUCUAAGAAAAUUUAAUAAUAGAUGUAUUGAAUCGUGAACUUGUUAUAGAAUGAGGAGAAUUCAGCUGCGUGAAUGAUGAAUUUCAUUAUCCUGCUUGCAUUCGACCAAGCUGCAUUUGUUGGAUACGUGCUGAGGUUUCUUGAUACGAGAAAUAAUUACUGACAAAUUAAGUUAUUGCUGAUGUAUUUUAUGUGAAGGUGAUUAGUUUUUACGUCAAUUUACAGCACACACGGGAGCUCUUCUUUGUAUUACGAGACGUGCGAGUGUGAAUUACCUUCAUAUUAUAUUCUGUUGGUCACAAUUAAGUUCUGACGUUAUCUCACUGUUGCUUUAGAACUACUAUGCGAUGGUCCGUGAAAGCUUUAGUUAAGCUGCAUUUUGUUCUAUUUUUCUUAUUUACUUUUCCAGUCUGUUUUUGGCUUACGAAUAUGGCAAAAAAAUCCUUGAUUAUGAUCCUAAAAGCAUUUUUCUGUGAACGAUAUAUUUUUUCACCACGAUGUCGAGUACUCUAAUUAUAGUUUAUAUCAUAAUCUUUCUUAUUAAUUCGCAAAAAAUAUUGGGCUUUGCGUCGUGUCCUCAUUAAGUUCUUAUAGUAAAUUUUUGUCAAUUUACAUCUUAUUCAGGAUAAGUUGAAAAAAAAAUUUGGGAUACCCUUCCUGUAUUUUCAAGACUAGCCCCGCUGCUUCUUGAACUUUUUCACGUUUAUUCCUGCUGCAGCUUAUAAGUUUCUUCACGACCAUCGUUGCUGCUGGUUUUAAAUUUUUAUAGACUGCACUUUCUGCUGAUGGCCUAAAUAGAUCUCUACGACUCUCCUUGCUGCUGUUCAUAUGUUCCGCUCCAAUCUCUGCACACUGUUGCCUCGAGUCUUGCUCCUGUUUUUGACGAAUGGAAAGUUCUGGUUCUUCCUAAAAUUAAAAUUUCGUAGCUUUUACCAGUUUCAGUUAUUUUGGAGAUGUGCUCGUUCGUCGUUUUCUUGUAUUGAUUCCAUAUUUUCAUGUCGUAUUUGUGUGCGAAAUGCAUCUCUUCCGGGACGCCAGUUGCCCCUCAAAAACUUCUGUUAGCCGUGAGUAAUUUCACCGCGUAUUUACCAAUCGCCUGAAUGCCAGAGAAUCUGCUUGAUCAAAUUUCUCCUUGCUUUAAAUAAUUUACGUGGACGUUGUUAUUGUUUGAAAAAACUAAUUUCCUUUCAUUUGCUUCUGAUUAAAAAUCAAGUCCUCUCAGGAAAACCCUUGUUUCUUUCUCGUAUCAGAUGUUGAUCGUUUGCUUUCGUCAUUCCAUUUAGUAAUGAAAAGCCUGCGACUCUGGUGACACUCCCGCAAUAGUAAAAUGUAUUUAACACGGACAAAAGCUUUUGUUUUGUUUUUAACGCGCAACAUCACGUUCAUUGGUUGAACUAAAUUCCUCAUAUACUUUUGGAAAUUUGAACUCUCGACUUGAGUGAGUCUUCCGUAGUUCGCAGUUUUCGUCAAUUUUUUUACGACAAUUAAGUAAGGCAAGACCUUAUUUUGGGUGCAUAUAUUUUUCCAUGUUAUAAACCUAAAAGUUCAACCUAAUAUUUUUCAAAUCUACAUGACGGUGUCUGUAAUUAACUUCGUUUUACCUCGUGUCAAACAUUGAAUAAAUUUGAGGUUCGUAG